AUGGCGUACGUAUUCGACAGCUUCGACACUACCAAGGCCAUUCCCGGCACUCCCCAGGGCUGUCUCUGGGGGUUCUACGACCGUGACGGCAAAGACGAGGUUGGAUCAAUCAACCUGUUGACGCCAGAAGUCGUACUGGCCGCCAAAGAAGAAAUCAAAACAGGCCGACACGUCCAACUCGACUGGCCGCUGAAUGCACUGUCCCACCCUGGCUUCGGUCGGAAGCCAUUCGCCCAACGGGUCUUGAACCUGUUGGAGAAAUCAGAGACAUGCGCCUUCGACGAUGAGAUCCAUCUCAACACGCAGAGUGGCUCACAGUGGGACAGCCUCAAGCAUUACGCCGGACAAAAAGACAAGGUCUUUUAUAACGGACUGACCUAUCAAGAGGCCUUGCACUCCACCACAAACGGAAUACACAAUUGGUGCGAGAGAGGCGGGAUUGUCGGGCGCGGCGUGUUAGUCGAUAUGGUGCGGUUCUAUGAAGAACGCGACGGCGCCAUGCCCUCUCCCACGAGCCGGUUUGAGAUCCCCGUCCGCGAUAUUGAAGCAGCAAUGGCCGCGCAAAAGACAGAAACCCGCCAGGGCGACAUCUUGUUCGUUCGCUCGGGGUUCGUCCGUUGGCAUAACGGGGCGACGGACGCGGAGCGACACCAGGGCACCAAGACCCAGAACACCUUCAUCGGCGUGCAGGCAAGCGAGGAGUCCGUGAGAUGGCUGUACGAGCGCCAUUUCGCUGCGUUGGUCGGCGAUACAGUUGCCUUCGAGGUGUGGCCGCCCGCCGAGGGAUCGUCGUGGCAUCUGCAUGAAUGGGCGCUCGUCUGGUGGGGGACGCCGUUGGGCGAAAUGUGGGAUCUGGAGGCUUUGAGUGUCGAAUGCGCCAGGCAGGACAGAUAUUCUUUCUUCCUCACCAGUGCUCCCUUGCAUGUCAAGGGGGGGGUUGGCAGUCCUCCGGGGGCCAUUGCUAUUUUCUAG